AUGAUGCAUACUCUGUACUAUUCUCUCUUUUUCAUUUCAUCCUGCGUGGCUUUGCUCGGCAUCGGUCGAGAACAGUCUGUAGCUGUUUCUGGAGUACUUACUUGCAAUGGACUGCCUGCCUCUGCUAUUCGAGUAAAACUAUACGAGAAGGAAAUGACACUGGAUCGGAAACUGGAUGAGAGUUACACUAACAACUCCGGAACAUUCUUUGUGCAAGGAACUAAGCGAGAAGUGACAAUGAUCGAUCCUAAGAUAAACAUCUACCACAGGUGUAACUACUUCGGGCCUUGCUACAAGAAACUAAGUAUUAAUAUUCCAAAAAAUUACAUUUCUGAUGGCCCGACUCCUAAAAUGACGUACAGUGUUGGAGUGAUCAAUCUGAAUAACAGAUUCAGUGGUGUGAACGUACAGUUUUUUAGCGUCAUGCUUUCGUUCCUCCUGUUGCUGUUCAUUCCAUACUGUUCGGCAAUAUUGGGUAUUGGACGUGAGCAAUCGGUUUCGGUUACCGGGCGUUUGCUAUGCAAUGGUUAUCCAGCCUCCAACAUCAAAGUGAAAUUAUACGAUAAAGAACUGACACUGGAUAGCAAAUUGGACGAAAGCACUACGAACAGCUCGGGAAUGUUCCUGAUGUCCGGGCGGAAACGAGAAGUGACAAAUAUUGACCCUAAAGUCAACAUCUAUCACAGAUGUAACUACUAUGGGGCUUGUUACAAGAAAAUUGGCAUACACAUUCCACCGCAGUAUGUAACCGAUGGUCCAAAUCCUAAGAACACUUAUAAUGUCGGAAAUAUCAAUUUGAACAAUCAGUGGAGUGGUGAAACUGUUGAUUGUAUCAACUGAAAUGUAGUGCUCUCUUUUUAUACUUUGAUUACUGUGUUAUUAAAAU